AUGCCCGGUGGCCAGCCAGUGCAGCUGAUCGUCAUGGUGUUGGUGUAUUGUGGAACAACAUAUGGAGAUUGGGCCGAUUGUCCAACCCCUUGUCAAUGCAAGUGGAGUUCGGGGAAGAAGACAGCAUUGUGCAAAGAUGCCGAUUUUACAGAUAUACCUUUAUCGCUAGAUGCAGACAUGCAGGUACUUGAUCUGAGCUCCAAUAAUUUACGCCACUUACCGGAGGAUGCGUUUAAAAAAGUAGGAUUACUUAAUCUGCAGCGAGUAUUCCUACGCGGUUGUGGAAUACACAAUGUUCAUAAAGAUGCUUUCAGAGAAUUGAAAAUACUCGUAGAACUAGAUCUCAGUGAUAACUUGAUUGGUUCAUUGCACCAGGAGACAUUUCAGGGAAAUGAACGACUCCGCGUGCUAUAUUUGAAUGGAAAUCCAUUAACUGAAAUUAAAGAAGUUCAAUUUCCCGUCUUACAGCAUCUUCGAACCCUAGAAUUGCAACACUGUCAAAUUAAACGAAUACAUAGAGAUGCUUUCUUGCACUUGUCCUCGUUGGAGUCAUUAAAUUUAAACGGGAAUCUAUUAAAGUGGUUAUCAGAAACUGUCUUCUUGCCUAUAUCUAAACUGAAAACAUUAUCUUUGGAUGGAAACCCGUGGGUGUGCGAUUGCCAUUUAAGGAGUUUUCGAAACUGGUUUGUUUCGUCCAAUUUAUAUUCACAUCCGUUGUCGUGUAUUGAACCGAAUGUAUUGUCGGGUAGUCGGUGGGAGAACAUAAAACCACCAGAGUUUGCAUGUCCUCCAGUAGUCAAGAUUGACAGGAACAGUGUGUUAGAAGAUGCCGGUAAUAUUACUUUUACUUGUAAAGUGACUGGAGACCCUGAGCCAGAAGUGAGCUGGUAUUUCAAUGGACAUAAUAUAGAUAACUAUACCGAUCGAAUGGACGAAAAUCGUACGUGGCUAGAUAACAAUCGGAUGUGGAGUGCUCUACACAUAUUCAAUGUGUCAGAUGUAGUGGCUGGCGAAUUUACAUGUGAAGCUCGGAAUUCACGUGGACAAAUGUCAGCCAAUGUAUCCUUAGCUUUACCAGAAGUAGCAGUAGCUACGACAUUAAGCAAAUCUAAAUCUAUGUACUUGGUCAUAAUUUGUGUAGCCGCUAGCGCAACGGUCCUAUUGUUCGUGAUAGGCUUAACAUGUUGCGUAUGUCAAAUGAAGAAAUCAGGGGGCCGACGUGAUAGUAAGACUAAUUUUAAAGGAAGUACUAGUUUCAGCGAUGCGGACAAACGACUACUCGACGCAAGCAUAUCGACUACACAAGCUGGAAGCUGUGAAAUGCUUGGCGGCUCUUCUUGCCAGGACUUGGAGCUCAUUGAACAGUCAUUACAAAACAUCCCAUUGGCCUCCGUCUGCGACCAACAACCGGUUCACAUAACUAUUGAGAGUCAUGACCCUAACUCUAGCUUGUCACUGUACCCACCACCACCAGAAUUUUCCACUAGUAUUCUGCCAUCAGUCAGCGGUUUUGGAAAUAUAUUUAUUUCAGUAUCGGUGAGCCAAGAACCACCUGACCCUGAAUCUAGGUAUCCAGACUUACUUGACAUGAAGCACAGACAAAAACAAAGCGUCAGUGUUGGUACCAGCUCAACCCAUCAUAUUCCACCAGCUUCGUCAUACUACGCCACUAUGCCGAGGAAAAAGCGAAUAAUAGACCAUCAAUCCAUCAAAUCGGUUAUGCCACAUUAUGAUAACAUGGGUCCAAGAAUAACAGCAACGGGAAGUUGUACGAACUUGUCAUCUCUUUCCAAUAGUGGUGAAUCUUCUGAUGAUAUACCACCACCACCGCCACCCCCUUUAUGUACAGGACACACUGACUACGUGGCUCUAUAA